GUCCGCACAUCCCAUUGAAGCAUAUGACCCUCACACAAUGACCGCCGUAAUGAAAACAAUCGUGGCGACUGGUUGCACCUCUGGCUUGGGCUUCGAGGCUGUGAAGCAACUGCUUGGGCAGACUCAGGCAUACAAGCUCAUCCUCGGCGCGCGGGACGUCGAGACUGCACAGGCCGCUUAUGACAAGCUGCAAUACGACAACAGCAGGCACAGCUUGACCAUUCUGCCGCUGGAAUUGACCGAUCUACAAACGGUCAAGUCGUUCGCUCAUCAGACGCUGAAGAAGCUCGGACAAGAGCCCCUGGAUUACCUGCUGCUGAAUGCCGCCAUUGCUCGCAGUGCUGAUGGCAGUCCCGGCCCAAAUGAUUCUCAGUGGAGCCACUCAUAUAUUGUCAACCAUCUCUCUCAGCACUACUUGACGCAUUUACUGCGGCCGAAGCUCGAGGAAGCGCGAACCCGCAUAGUUGUGGUGUCCUCAGGCGCUAUCAAAAUGGUCAAGGACACAGCUGGGCUUGAAGACAGCGUCAAAGCCAAAGCUGAAACGUACCACUUGCAGCUCUACCCGAUGACCAAGUUCAUCCAGCUCCUCGGCGCACACUGGUGGCGUCGUGAGCUCCAAGGGACGUGCAGGGUCGUGGCCGUGUCUCCGGGCUUGAUCCCGGGCACCGGACUGCCCCGCUACGCGAAGCCCGGCGACCCUGUGCCACUGCCGACGAUGCCAGGCGCCAAGAGCAUCCAGGAGGGUGCGCAGAGCAUCUUGGCCGCCUUGACGAAGGAUGAUUUCCCGGAAGACCCGGAGCGGAUCUUCUUGACGAGCUGGGGUGAGUGGUGGCCCAAGGAGGAGAUCAGCUUGAGCCUGGACAGGGCGUUGCAGGAGACGUGGUCUCCGAGCAAGGAGGAGAUUGAGAGGGACGAGAAAGUCGGCGCAUAGGUGCCGGGUUAGUGCCAAUCAAUUAUAGAAUUGAAUUGUAUCAUCCCAAACUUCCCCGA